UACGGCUCGCGGGGGCGCGUGAUCAUCUCCUCCUUCUCCCUUCUUCUUCUUCCUCAACACCAUCAUCUCUUCUUACAUCGGCCCGACUUCAAGACACACCCCCAACACAAAAAAAAAAGAAAGUAAUAUCUUUUAACCUUUCAGCCGAUUUUUAAACUCACUUCAGUAAGCAUCAGUUUUCUCAAUCCACAUGCGAAGCUUCCUUUGUCAUCUUCUCCAAUUGCAAUUAGGGUUAAAAAUGUCAGCUUGAAAUCGAAAAAUGAGAUCCUUUCCACUACUACAUUGACAAUGGGCAACUGCAACACUAGAGACGAAGCUUCCGUCUUGACUCCUCAGGCUCAAGCUCAAGCUCAACAGCUACAGAGGAAGCACUCACGCUCCGUCUCAGAUCUGAGCGAUCCAUCUACUCCCGACUCUCGCACUCCUCCUUCCGUCAUCCCCUUCACUCUCUUCGAGCUCGAGACCAUCACCAAGAGCUUCCGCCCUGACUACAUCCUCGGAGAAGGCGGCUUUGGCACUGUCUACAAAGGCUACAUUGAUGACAAUCUCCGCCUUGGCCUCAAGUCUCUCCCUGUUGCCGUCAAGGUUCUUAACAAGGAAGGUCUCCAGGGACACCGUGAGUGGCUUACUGAAGUCAACUUCCUUGGCCAGCUCCGUCAUUACAACCUCGUUAAGCUUAUUGGUUACUGCUGUGAGGAUGAUCAUCGUUUGCUUGUUUAUGAGUUCAUGCUGAGAGGCAGCCUUGAGAAUCACCUCUUUCGAAAAACCACAGCUCCGUUAUCUUGGUCUAGAAGGAUGAUGAUUGCUCUUGGGGCUGCAAAGGGCCUUGCUUUCCUGCACAACGCUGAAAGACCGGUUAUUUAUCGGGAUUUCAAGACUUCCAAUAUACUGCUUGACUCGGACUACACAGCCAAGCUUUCGGAUUUUGGCUUGGCUAAAGCUGGGCCACAGGGUGAUGAAACCCAUGUGUCAACUCGAGUGAUGGGCACUUACGGCUAUGCUGCCCCUGAAUAUGUGAUGACUGGACACCUGACGGCCAGAAGUGAUGUGUACAGCUUUGGAGUUGUUCUUCUAGAGAUGUUGACGGGAAGAAAGUCAGUGGACAAGACAAGACUUAGAAAAGAGCAGAACCUGGUCGAUUGGGCUCGGCCGAAGCUGAACGAUAAAAGAAAACUGCUGCAAAUAAUUGACCCGAGGCUGGAGAACCAAUACUCUGUCAAAGCAGCUCAGAAGGCAUGCAGCUUGGCGUAUUACUGUCUGAGUCAGAACCCCAAAGCUAGGCCACUGAUGAGUGAUGUGGUUGAGACUUUGCAGCCUUUACAGUGUACAAGCGAUUCCCUAAUCCCUGGUGGAACAACAGGAGCUGCGUUUGCAAUGGGAGGGGUGCCUGACUAUAGAAUGCACAGAAGGUUUGCAAAGAAUGCUGGGCCUGGUGCUAUUUGCAGGUCAUCACCUAACCAAAGUUGUUCUCCGGGUGGACCUGCAGCGUGCAGAGUGCGGUGAUAAGUGUGUGAAGUGUACAUAAUCUCGGUUCGCAGUGUCUCCUCUUUUGGUGUAAUUUCUCGCUGAAAAUAAUGGAUGCGGUUUGCUUCAUGUUGUUUUUGUUGUUGUUGCUGCUGUUUGUUUGUUGCCACCACUUGAUCUAAUCUAGAAUGUUGUAUGAUUAUGAUUGAGCGUGGUUCUUUGUUUGUAUCCGCUCUCUGAUGUAGUGCUUGUGUUAGUGUCUGACAUUUCUCUAAUCACUCUUAAUGUGAAUUUUUUUUGUGUGCAA